AUGGUCAACUUAAAUUGGCCAGAACAGAAGAGAAGCAGGCCAACGAUAGAAGCCAGUUCCAGCAGAGGCAGAAUGGUUUCAAGGGAAACUAUUGAAAGGCCAAAAGCAACUAUCUCAACUGGAAUAGUUCUCUGCAGCAAGUGCAAAUGUGAAGCUGAGCUAGAAGUGGUCCUGGACAGGCAGAGUCAGCCCAUUCCGAGUGUUUUUGACAGGAUUGGAACCUCAUCCCGAGAUAGAGCCAGGCGGAAGGAGUAUCCCAGACCAGCCCAGCAUAGCAGGAGGAUGACAGAGCAGCCCAAGAAGGAAAUAUCAAUCAAGAUGAGAAACCUCUGGCUGCUAUCAUAG